AUGAGAGAAAUAUCUAGAGUAGUGAGACGAAUGGUGUCGACUCUACAGAGGUUUUCUUUCGAAACUCGCAAUGGCGAAUCAUAUUCCGCUCUGCGGCCAAACAGCUACUAUCAGAAAAAAAGAAGUACGUUCAAGGGAACUACUUUCUCACACCAGAAUCAAUUGCCGUCGCUCCCGGUUCCUGUCUUAGAAGAAACGCUGACCAAGUACCUGGAGAGCGUCAAGCCCUUCUGCCGCGAUGCAGAGCAAUUCGAAGAGCAAGAACGGCUGUGCCAGGACCUUGUACAGAAAGAGGGCGCAAAGCUCCAAGAGAGGCUCGUCAGAUACUCGGAGAAGUCGCGCAACUGGCUCUCCGAGUUCUGGGACAACCAGGCGUACCUCGAGUACAAUGACCCGGUGGUGCCCUAUGUAUCGUACUUCUAUGCCCACAAGCCGCUGCCUACCAGCCAUGCGAAAAUCCAAACCGAUCCGCUAAUCAAGGCGACAGCCAUUAUAGUAUCGGUGCUCAAAUUCCUCGAGGCUGUCAAAGACGAAGCGCUGCCUUCGGAGCACUCCGGAAACACGCUUUUGUGCAUGAACAGCUUCCAGAUGAUGUUCAACAACUCCAGAGUGCCUGGGGACGGGAGGGAUUCGAACGUGUUCUACUCUCUCUAUGAGAACAACUUCAUCGUGGUGGCAUUUAAGGGGAACUUUUACAAAGUGCUGACUCACAAUGCUUCCGGGGACGUUCUUGGGCCCGCGGAUAUCUGGCAGCAGCUCUACAAGAUCACGGCGAACCUCGACGGCCAGGUGCGCGACAACAACAAGGUCGGAAUUGGGUCCCUGACUUCACUGCCCCGUGAUGAGUGGUUAAGGGCUCACAAAGAGUUGGUGACCAACCCGCUCUCUGCGCAGUCUAUGGAGGCGAUUUACAAGUCAUCUUUUAUGGUAUGCCUAGAUUUGGACACAAAGCCAAUCACGUUGGAGGAGAAGUCGAGAUACGCAUGGCACGGAGACGGAAUCAACAGGUUUUACGACAAGCCGCUGCAGUUUUUCGUUGCCGGCAACGGUAACUCGGGAUUUCUUGCAGAACAUUCCAAGAUGGACGGAACCCCAACUUUGCACCUGAACGACUACGUAUGCAAGCAAAUGCAUUCUCUCAAUGUUGCGGAGUUCCUUGGCCAAAUUAAUUGCUCAGUAGCGCAAAAUGAAAACAAACCUCAAUAUCUUCCUUUCUUCGUGACCCCUGCGACGCGCUCCCACAUCGAAGCGGCCCAGGUCGGAUUUCACAAGAGAAUAGGAGAGCACCACCUAAAAGUUUGGCACUACAACAAAUACGGCAAGAACUUUAUGAAGAAUGUCGGGUUUUCACCAGAUGCUUUCCUGCAACAGGUGAUACAGCUGGCGAUUUAUAAGUACUUUGGUAAGCAGCUCCCCACAUACGAGGCUGCAUCCACAAGAAGGUUUUACAAGGGCCGUACGGAAACUGGUAGAUCUGUGAGUACAGACUCAGCAAAGUUCGUUGCGGAUUGGGAGAAUCCAGACGUCGCUGACUCUCAGAAAGUUGCUUCACUUCGCUCCUCUGCGAAGGCGCAUUCGACAUACUUGAAAAUGGCAUCCGCCGGUCAUGGAGUCGAUCGUCACUUUUUCGGUCUGAAAAAUAUGAUUCAGCCAGGAGAGAAUAUGCCUGAGCUGUUUAAAAAUCCGCUCUUCAUAUAUUCCUCUACGUGGCUUGUCUCCACCAGCCAACUUUCGUCAGAACACUUUGACGGCUACGGUUGGUCUCAGGUUAACGACAAUGGCUUUGGGUUGGCCUACAUGCUUAACAAAGACUGGAUGCAUAUUAACAUCGUAAACAAGCCGAAUGCGAGCGGUCUGAGUGUCUCAAGGCUGCACUACUAUUUAACACAAGCUGCUGACGAAAUGUUCGAGCUACUAGAUAGUGACAGAAAGCAUCAUUCCAAGCUCUAG